AUGUUGUAUUUAUAUUCAUCAAUAUUAGUUAAUCAAAUCUGGUGUAAAGUUACUGCACCUAUACUUUGGGAAUUACCUUUGGGUCAAGAACGUAGUCUUGUUCAAAAACGGUUAGAAAAUCUAAAAAUUGUUACAAAGUAUUAUGACGAUCGUGAUUUAUUGUUUUGGGCCAUCAUUAGUCAAAGAGAAACAUUAAAGAGCCUUCAUUUGAAACACGUAAGUUUCGAUUAUUUUGAGGCGGAAUUAUCACCUAUUGGACGAUUUAUUUCACUUCAAGAGCUUUACAUUGAACAUUCAAUUUUAAAGUAUUGUACAAAGAUUAACGAAUUAACUCUACAUAUAUUAAGUCUUGAACAAGUUAUAGCAAUAUUUAAUAAUAAUUUUAAUGAAUUAAGAAGAUUUUCAUUUUAUUGUAUGGGAGAAGGAUUUGAUGCUAAUAAAUUAUUAUGUCAGAUGGCAGAGAAUGUUCCAAAAUCGCUUGAAACUAUUGAAAUUAGAAUAGACUAUGAUAAUCCAUGGAUAUUUAGUCCCAGUAGUUUAAGAAAAUAUUUUGAGGAGGGUGUUGUAAAGAAGGAGGAAGAAAUAAAAAGAUUAUUGUAA